AGUGAGGUCAGGUUCAUUUCACGCCAAAAAGGUGAAGGUGAAUGUGAGAAUCGAAGCCACUGAGUGAGUGAGUGAGUUUUUCGAAGGAAGAAGAAGAUGGGUGGCGUGACUUCUUCAAUGGCGGCGAAGUUGGCGUUUUUCCCUCCGAGUCCGCCGUCCUACAAGCUGCUGAAGGAGGAGGCCACGGGGCUCCUGCUCAUGGAGCCUUUCCCGCACCGCGAGAACGUGGAGGUUCUCCGCUUCCCCAACCGCCGAGGCACGGAGAUCGUCGCCGUCUACGUUCGCCACCCCAACGCUAAGUCCACCGUCCUUUACUCCCACGGCAAUGCAGCCGAUAUUGGUCAGAUGUACGAGCUCUUCGUCGAGUUGAGCAUCCACCUCCGCGUCAAUCUCAUCGGAUAUGAUUAUUCUGGCUAUGGACAGUCAUCAGGGAAGCCAAGUGAGCAUAAUACUUAUGCUGACAUUGAAGCUGUAUAUAAGUAUCUUGAAGAGAACUAUGGUGCUAAGCAGGAAGAUAUCAUCCUUUAUGGUCAGUCUGUUGGAAGUGGUCCUACUUUGGAUCUUGCUUCCCGUUUACCCCGACUAAGGGCUGUUGUUCUCCACAGUCCUAUACUAUCAGGGUUGAGAGUCAUGUACCCUGUGAAACGGACAUACUGGUUUGACAUUUAUAAGAACAUUGAUAAAAUUCCAUUGGUGAAGUGUCCGGUGCUAGUAAUUCAUGGAACUGCUGAUGAGGUUGUUGAUUGCUCUCAUGGCAAGCAGUUGUGGGAGCUGUGUCAACAGAAAUACGAACCUUUAUGGCUCAAAGGAGGAAAUCACUGUAAUUUGGAACUCUAUCCUGAAUACUUACGACAUCUCAGAAAAUUCAUAUCCUCGGUAGAAAAGCCACCGUCCCAAAGAGUGAGUUUCAGGAGAAGCGUAGAUAGAGUUGAACAAGCAAGAGGAAGUACUGAUUGCUUUGAAACACCGAGGAAGAGUACCGAUCAGAGGGACAAACCAAGGAAAAGCACUGAUAGGACAGAAAAGAUGAAAUUUCAUGAAUUCAAAUUCAAUAAUACUGAAAAGUUAGAGAAGAUAAGAGUGCAAUUUGAUCAGAUGGAGAGGUCCCGAAGAAGCGUAGAGUACAAUGAUAAAUCAAGAAGCAUUGAGUUCCAAGAUAAAUCCAGGAGAAGUGUCGAUGUUCAGUUUGAGAGGCCACGGAAGAGCAUUGAUUGGCUGGAUAGAAUUCGUGCAAGCUGAACAUCUUGAAGCAUAAGUUAUAAUUGGCACUGGGUUUGCUACAUGGGAGGAAAAGGUACAAAGAUACAACAGACACAGUUACUUACACUGGGGUUUUAACUUAUGGCUUGCAGAAUGCAUAUGCUACUCGUGCAGUUUCAUACUUUCAUUGCAAUGUUCAUGUAGAUUUGGAUAUGUUGGGACUUGGGAUUUGUUAUCCUUAGUUUUUUCAUUGUUAUUAUUAUUUGCAAUUGAAGCGACUCUAACCUUGUUUUAGUCAUGAGAAAGGAAAUGAACAUCAUAUCAAAGGUGGCUGUUGCUAUGAUUUAUAAAAAUUCAAAUGAAGCGAAUAUCCUUAUUUAUUUA